AUGGAGUUUACAAAGAUCCCGGAUUAUACCCAGAACGCCCACAAUGGGGCCGCCACCAUUCUUUGUUCGAACUGUGGGGUUCCUAUGGAUGGUUCCACAGGGUUGGUUAUGUGUUACGAUUGUAUCAAGUUGACCACUGAUAUCACUAAAAACAUCCCAAAAGAAGCCAAUAUCUCGUUCUGUAGAAACUGUGAGCGUUUCUUGCAACCUCCAACUCAGUGGAUGAGAGCCGAGCUUGAAUCUAGAGAAUUGCUCGCGAUCUGUCUUAGAAGAUUGAAAGGUAUCAAUAAGGAAGUGAGAUUGGUGGAUGCGUCGUUUAUUUGGACCGAACCACAUUCCAGAAGAAUCAGAUUGAAGUUGACGGUUCAAGGUGAAGCUAUGGCCAAUACCAUUGUCCAACAGUCUUUUGAAGUUGAGUUUGUGGUGAUUGCCAUGCAAUGUCCAGACUGUGCCAAAUCAUACACCACCAACACCUGGAGAGCCGCAGUACAAAUUAGACAAAAAGUCCAACAUAAGAGAACUUUCUUAUAUUUAGAACAAUUGAUUUUGAAGCAUAAUGCUCAUGUUGAUACCAUUUCCAUCAAAGAAUCAAAGGAUGGGUUGGAUUUCUACUAUGGUCAAAGAAAUAGUGCAGUGAAGAUGCUUGAUUUCUUGAACGCUGCGGUGCCGAUCAAAUCAAGAAAGUCCGAAGAGUUGAUUUCUAUUGAUACCCAUUCCGGUUCCUCGAGUUACAAAUUCACAUUCUCCGUAGAAAUUGCCCCGGUUUGUCGUGAUGACUUGGUGGUUUUACCAAAAAAAGUGGCCCGUUCAUUGGGUAACAUUUCGAGAUUGGUGCUAUGUUCAAAGGUUACAAAUAUGCUCCAGUUCUUGGACUUCAAGACUUUACAAACUUCUGAUUUACUCGCCAAUACUUACUGGAAAGCUCCAUUCGCUUCCUUGGCCGAUGUUUCUGAAUUAACCGAUUUCAUUAUUUUGAAUGUCGAACCAGUCGGGGUGUCUAGAGGGAAGUAUGUGCUUGCUGAUAUCACUUGUGCAAGAGAAGUUGAUUUGGGGGUAAAUGAUCGUGAAUUCUAUAUCAGAUCGCAUCUCGGGGGUAUCUUACAUCCAGGUGACACCGCGGCUGGGUACUACUUGGUGAACUCAAACUACAAUAGUCAAUUAUGGGACGAGUUGGUCGACAAUGAUUCCAAAGAUUUAGCUGAAGUGGUUUUGGUGAAGAAGAAGUACGAAAGAAAAUCUAAGAAGUCUAAGAACAGAGCAUGGAAGUUGAAGAGAAUGGCUAGAGAACACAAUGAAAUCACUGCCGAUGACAAUAACUCGAGAUCUGCUAAACAAGAGUAUGCUAAGGCCGAAAGAGAUUACGAAAUCUUCUUGCAAGAAUUGGAAGAAGAUAAGGAAUUGAGAGAAACUGUCAAUCUUUAUAAGGAUAGAGAAGCUGAACAACGGUUGCAAACCGUGGAUGAGGAUGGUGAAAUUGAUAUCGAUGAUGAUGAGGAUACGCCAGUGAUCGAUGUCGAUGAGUUGUUGGAUGAAUUGGAUGACAUGACUUUGGACGGUUGA